AUGAAUGCUAAAUUGCGUCAGGUGCUAGUGCCGGUCUGUCUUUUGGGAGUGUUCAUCUCUGUGGUGGACAGCAAAGGAACUUUCUAUGGAGGUCAUGUCAACCCUUUUUAUGGACACAGAUACAACAUGUUCAAGGCUGGAUUCAACCCACACCCAAACAAGCCUAUGACCCGACACAAGAACCACUGUGCCUAUGUGGUCCAGAAGAACAUCACAUGCACGAUGCAAGAUGGAGUAGCGACAUAUGUGAAGGCUGAGUACACAACCAAGUGCAUCUGGGGACAGAAGUGUCCUGUUGUCAUGUAUAGGAUGUUCCACAAACCAACAUACAAAGUGGGUUAUAAAACAGUGACUGAGCUGGAUUGGAGAUGUUGCCCCGGCUACUCCGGAGAAAACUGCUACGAAGGAUCCAUGUCAUUGCCUGACCUGAAACCCCCUUUCAAGGGGGCAGCUUUGCCCCAUCGCCCCGGGUUCAAGGGCGGUCCGAGAGUUCCUGUUGACCAGAAGCCUGGGGGAGCACAGCUGGAGCCAGGAAAUUACUACCCCAAUGUAGAUCAUCACAGACCAAUACCCAGUGGACAGCUACCUGUGGGAAAUGGAAAAUCAAAUACAGGUAACAAUUUUUGGAUUUCUGGCGUGAGCGGCGAACGACUGGACCGUAUGGAGGAUGAUUUACGACGCCUCACUCAGGGUUUCGACACUCUCAAUGGGGUGGUGGCCGGUCUAGAGGACCGACUGCGUGCUUCUCUUCGAGAAGACACCAACAAGAUCCUCGUGUCACUCCUGCCAAACCCGUCACGUGGACAUGACGCCGCUGUGGGGUUUGGGGCGAUCCCAAUAGGGGAUCCUGGUGGGCUGGGAGGGGAAGAAAAUUUUAAGAGAAUUGGGGAUCUUGCUGGAAGGGUGACUGAAGUGAAGGAUGAGCUACGAGCAAAGACACAUAUAUUAGAGGAGAUCCAGGGAAUGGUUUUAGGUCAUGACGGGCAACUCAAGAGACUUCUGGAAGGAGUAAGAGGAAGGCCCAUCCCUGGCCCUGGUUCGGCUCAUCUAGAUAGCAUUCUCGAGACCAAACUAGCCGGGAUCCAAGCAGAGAUCCUUGAUGGAUUUGAACGCCGACUUUCUCGUCUGGAGGACCAAUGUGAGGAGAAAAUCGGGGCCGUGCAGAGACAGUGCCACAGGGAGCACAUGGAUGGCCAAGAACAGAUGCAGCAGUCCCUUGAUGGAAGAGAAACUGGGCUCAGGGCAGAGUUGGGCUCUUUGCAGGCACAGAUCCAAGGCCUAACUCUCACAGAGAGCUGCUGUGGACAGGUAAACAGCCUCUCUCAGCGUGUGCUGCUACUGGAGGAGUCUGUAAAAGAAAUCACUGAAUCACAGCGACAGCUCCAAUCAGCACUCCGCGAGCAGAGCAUUCACGUGGAGACGCUGAUUGAGACCCGCUUAGUAGAACUAGAAGGCCGCCGAAACACAACAGAAGGUGGAGUGGUUGGCCUCGAUGGCUUCGAGAGGCUAGAGGACAAGUUGAAGACUCUAGAGGAGAGGGUGUCUGUGGCUGUGGAGGAGCUGAACAAUGCCACUGCACCAGCACUCUUGGAGGGCCAGGUUGUCCCACCACUAAAAACAGAUAUCGAGUCUGUGAAGAGAAGAUUAGAUACUAAUCUUGAUGGCAUUGAAAAACGCUUAGUAGACCUGGAGCUCCUUUGCACCUCCUGCUCACCUUCUGCUCCUCCAGCAGGAGGUGUCAGAGUUGGUGAAGUGGAAGGGGAGUGUGAGGACAUCGAGAAUAAGAUGACCAAUCGGCUGGACUCUCAUUCAGACCAGCUGGACCGCCUGAAUAGCACACUGAAGAACUUACUUUUGCGCAUCGCCCAGGAAGAGGCAGCAGACUCCGUCUACGGUGAGAUCACCCUGCUGAAGGUCAACAUCAACUCUGUGAACCGCACUCUCAAGGGACUAAAGGACUCUAUAAGUUUCAUCGCAAGUGAAGUAGGUCAUGCCAAUUCCUCGUGGGAACAACGGGAACAAGCACUGGUAAAUCAGGUGCAAGGAAUCACCAAACUUGUGGGCCACCAAGCCUCUCUCGUGGGAUCCGGGGAGAGGCGUUUGGCCCAACUGAAGGGAGAACUUGCAGCAUUGAAGAGACAGCUCACCGGGGGGCUUCAAGGCUGCCGUACCACAGCGAAAGAAGUUCAGAAAGAGGUAAAGGACGUUGAUAGCAGGGUAAGCCAGGUGGAGGGCCAGUGCAACAACUUGGGGGAGCUGGCAGAGCAGUUGGAAAGGAUCAGGGCAGAGCUCGAGAGACAUUCGGACUCUUACCUGGCUCAGAUGAACGGCACCCUCUCCAUCCAUUCAGAGCAGCUCUCUAAGCUGAAAGGGGAAGUCAAAGACAAUAUGCCAGAGCAUGGCGCAACCCCAAACGUAGACCAGUAG